AUGGCUGAACACAAAGCAGGUCCAGACCUAGCUCACAGCUUACUUGUAAUGCGGAAUAUUGCUAGAUUCCAUGCUUCUCCAAUCGCUCUAAGAGAAAAGCGAAUUUUUUUCGUCGUCAAGAGUCAGGAUCAAAAAGAACUGAUGAAGUACAAAAAGGGAAUAUUUCACAAGGAUCAACCUACCUCGUGGAAAGAAAUGUACUCAGAAAAUUUAAGGACCCUUGCGGAUGAGACAGUAAAUUGGUCCGAGCUAGAUCCAAAAAUUCCGAUGAAAAUUCGCAAGCUCUCUGACGUUCUGUUUGAAAAGGGAGACGGUGCUACUGCUUAUCGAGAGGAUGACUUUAAUGUGCUCAAUCAUGGAGAUGCAUGGAUUAACAAUAUGAUGUUCCGCUACGACGAAGACCACAAUCCUAUUGAUCACAUGUUUGUGGAUUUCCAAUUCUGCCAUUGGGGAUCACCAGCGGAAGACAUUCUUUAUUUUAUUGGAACAAGUUUGGCCGACGAUGUUCGAAUUCAGCAUCGCGAUUUACUACUGCGCAAUUAUCAGGCCUCAUUGACCAGCACCAUGGCUGAACUGAAGUGCAAGACGGAGGAGCUAAGCUUCGACAAGUUACAACAAACGUUGAAAGAGCGAGCUUUUUGCGAGGCGAUCGCUGCUAUGACAGUAUUGGUGGCUGCCUUACUCGGAAAAGAGGAUAAAAUGAAAUUGGAUGAAAUCUUAAGGUCUGGAGGAGCAUUCAUCAAGCCGGGGUAUGAUGGAAGGGCGUUCAAAACAACCAUGACUAGACUGCUGCCACUAUAUGACAGCAUGGGAGCUGUUGCUGAUCCAAACAAUCCUUUCCAUUGGUAUCACGCUCGGUAUCACGUAAAAACAGCUCUCAGUGUUCUUUUAUUUAGUGAUUACAAGUUGGGAAAAACUUCUGGCGUGGGAAUGACGUACUUCCGGGGGCGUAUAAGCGAUUAUAUUUUUGUUCACGAAGAUAGAACUGCUAUUUCGCCAAACAUUCACAAUUUUUAA